ACAUACUCCAGGAAAAGGAAAGUCAUUUAAUUGAAAAUCUGAAGACCUAAGAAGUUAUCUUUGAUGUUAGCAACCUGGUAUUUUACUUAUUGGGAAGUGUCUGUAAACUAAAUUUUGAUAGACUAAAAGCUACUUAAUAUACUAAGAGUCCUGGGCUCUACAUUGGACUGGCUCCUGGACAUCUCACUACCCCUAGAUACGUAAUCAGAACGAUGGCUAAGCUUGGCUACCUACCAGACACCCCAACCUCCAAAAACCAAUGAGUUUUGUAUUUUAUUUGUAAAUUCUGGAGAUGUGUUCAAGAGCUUUUUUUUUUUUUUUUUUUUUUUUUUUUUUUUUUUUUUUUUUGCACAUUUGCCUUUAUCCCCAUCUUGUAAAGUCCUAGAAUUAAGAAUUAAAACACAUACUCGUUGUGUUAGUUUGGGUUUCAUUGCUGUGAAGAGACAUCAUGACCAAGGCGACCCUUUAAAAGUAAACAUUGAGUUGGGGCUGGCUAACAGUUUCAGAGGUUUAGUCCAUUAUUAUCAUGGUGGGAUGCAUGGCAGUGUGCAGGCAGAUGCGCUAGAGAAACUGAAGCCAAGAGCUCGACAUCUUUAUUGGAAGGCAACCAGACUGUGUUCCACACUGGGCUUGAACACCGCAAAGCCAAGCCCCUACAAUGAUAUGCUUCCUCCGACAAGGCCACACCUACUCCGACAAGGCCACACCUACUCCGACAAGGCCACACCUCCUAACAGUGCUACUCCUUAUGGUUAGCCAAAGAUUCAAACACAGGAGUCUAUGGGGGCCAUUCCUAUUCAAACCUUCACACUUGCUACAUGAUGGUCACAGAUGUUCACCGAGGAAAGCCAGUGAGUUAGGCUCCAAACAUCUACAUUUGAGAUGGGCAAGCAUUGUUGAAUAAACACCUUUGGAAAUUUGUAUUUUAAAGUUAACCAGUAAAGUCAACCUUGUUCUCAUAACAUGUAUCGUAUAUUCGGUUUUGAUCCACAAAUAUUGCAGCAAAUUAUAGAAAACAAAAGACGGGAAUUUACACGGUUCCAAAACAAGCCAUUUUUUAAUGGCAUAAAGUUAUAUACUCCUAAAUCACAUAUCUGGAGUUUAAGAAUCUUGACUAGUAGACGGCCCAGAACCUUGUUUCAGUAGGAAUUUCUUUCCCAAGAUUUGAAGUUUAAGUGAAAUUUUAAGCUUUCUUUUUUACACAUAAGCAAAAUUACAUAAAUCAAUGAGAUAAAGGCAGGAAGGAAAUGCCCCCCCCCUUUUUUAAAAAUAGGACAACUUAGCUUGCAGUUCAGUCUAAUCAGGUUGACAUGUUACAAAGACACUGUCAAAAUGUUUUUAGGGACUAGGCUGAGCAAUGUCUAAGUGGCUAGUGGCAUUUCUAAGAGGUCCUUUCUGGAACCUAGGUAAAACCGGUUUUGAUUUUAACUAUCACAGUUUAGGUGCAGAAAGAAUCCAGUAGGUGCCCAGGAUGUAAGCCCUGCUCAGAGUUGGAAGGGAAACUGGUAGAGGUCUCCGGAAGCAGCUGGUCUACAGAAAAGGAAAAUGGCAGCCCCACGGCUGGUUCCUUCCCCAGAACCAUAGCUCCCAUUGCUAGCUGGACCAAAGACUGCUUUAGUAACUAGUUGUGGCCACUGGACCGGACAGAAACACUUGUGAUGUUUGCAACUGCAGAGAAGUUAGAAGUUACCUGUACUUGGGUUAAAUAUUAAAGGGCCUUAUGGAGGAAGUGGCGUUUGAGGGAAUUACAGAUUUAGGAUAAGUCUGUGUCAAAUGUCUUCACAAGGAGGCUCAAUCGUUAUACAUUAGAGUCGUGUGUGUGUGUGUGUGUGUGUGUAUUUCAUUAAUGUAUGAAAUUUGGUUCGAAGAUACUGUGUGAGUGGGUGCGUGAUGGUGAAUUCCUGGGGCUACCAAGGCCCUUAUCUCCUUGUCUUGAUGGUCUUAGGCCUCUGAGGGCAGUGGAGGAAAGUGGAGGAAAGUGGAGGUAGGUGGCCCCAGUAAUCCAGAAGAGGGUGGGACGUGCUGCCACUUGAGGCCGACCGUGGAGGCAGUGCGGGCUCCGGGCGGCAGGGGGCGCCGCCGUGCAGUCGCGCCGGGCCCAGCAACGACCCUCCGGUUCCCCUAUACAGUCCGCCAUGCGCGCGCUGCUGCCACUGCUGAGCGUCGGCCGAGGGUGGCGCGUGGGGGCCGCCGCCCUCCCUCCGCGCCGCGUAAUGUCCCUGUACCGCACGGAGGAGCUGGGCCAUCCCCGCUCGAAGGAUUACCGCCUGUUCUUCAAGCACGUAGCUGGCCACUACAUCUCCCCUUUCCAUGACAUUCCUCUGAAGGCAGACUGUGAAGAGGAACAUGGCAUUCCCAGGAAAAAGGCACGGAAUGAUGAAUAUAAGGCUUCGUUUAAUAUGGUUGUGGAAAUACCUCGGUGGACAAAUGCCAAGAUGGAGAUUGCCACCGAGGAGCCACUGAACCCCAUUAAGCAAGACACCAAGAACGGGAGGCUGCGCUACACCCCGAACAUCUUCCCCCACAAGGGCUACAUAUGGAAUUACGGGGCCCUCCCUCAGACCUGGGAAGAUCCUCAUCUAAAAGACAAGAGUACAAACUGCUGUGGAGACAACGACCCCAUUGACGUUUGUGAAAUAGGCUCCAAGGUUCUUUCCCGUGGAGACGUGGUCCAUGUGAAGAUCCUGGGGACUUUGGCACUUAUCGAUCAGAGUGAAACAGAUUGGAAAAUAAUUGCUAUCAAUGUGAAUGAUCCUGAGGCUGAAAAAUUUCAUGAUAUUGAUGAUGUUAAGAAGUUCAAACCAGGUUACCUAGAAGCCACUGUCAAUUGGUUUAGACUCUAUAAGGUACCAGAUGGAAAACCAGAAAACAAGUUUGCUUUUAAUGGAGAAUUCAAAAACAAGGCUUUUGCCCUCGAAGUUAUUAACUCUGCACAUGAACAUUGGAAAGAGAUGGUGAUGAAGAAGUGUGACAAGGGAGCUAUCAGUUGUGUGAACGUGCACAUCUGUGAUAGCCCUUUCCACUGCACUACAGAGGAAGCAAGGUCACUAGUUGAAUCGAUCCCAACACCUUCAAUGAGUAAAGAAAGCAGUGUAGAAGAAGUGUGGCACUUCCUCCGCAACUGAUGGGGACUCUGGGGCUUCUGCACUGAGACUUUAAACCUCCGAGGACCCCGGGGACUCCUUUUCCUUUAGUGCUCUUGUGAAGCAAGUGGAUGACCGUCUGAUAACUUCCUGUCCGACAUCAUUGUUAAAACUUUUUAAAUAAACUUGUAAAUAAAUACUAA